AUGAACGUGCCUGUGGAAUGCAUUGAAGAUGUCCUUAAUCCUAUGGAAUGCGUCAAGACACCUUCCACUGAACAGAUAAGGGCCCGAAGUGAGGCAGAAUGGGGCCGAUGUGCCUGUUGGUUCCAAACAGAAAUUGCUGAAUUCCUCCUUCACAAGCUGAAGCAAAAUCUAGUAUCAACUGCCGCAACAGGAACUGGAAAAACAUACACUUUCUUCCUUCCUGCACUCUAUGAAAAAGAUGGAGUUUCUUUCAUUAUUGCACCACUGAGAAAGCUUGCAGAUCAGCAUGUAGACAGUGCCAAGAGCUUAGGACUCACCGCAAUUGCAUUGGAAGCAAAAACUAUAAACAAGGAUAUUUACGGAGUCGCUGGGAUUGGUAACUCUCCUCAGUCCUCCCACAUUAUAAAUCUAAUCAAAGUUGAACAGGGGCACGACCUAGCAAAUAUUACCCGCUUAGUCCAGUUUGGGCUGCCAGACAACUUAAAUACAUUGACUCAGCGAUUUGGAAGAGCAGCUUGUAAUCCCGAAACUUCGGCAGUCGUUGUCCUUCUUGCCCCGAAAGAUUAUUUUGAGCAGACCUGGCGGCAGCGAGAGGAAAGGGCCCAAAAGAUAGCAGAGAACAAAAAACAGAAGGCUCAAGCGGUAGCCUCCACAGUACAUCCAAAUUUUGAUGAUGACUUACUUGAACUUCAUUGUCCGGAUCCUGAUCUUCCACCCAGGAUGGACAUUUGGCCUUCCAGCGACAUCGAGAUUCCACAAGACGCUGCAUUGGAACAUGCAGAUGUGUUCCUGGAGAGCAUCGAGAAGGAUCUCGAUGGAGGGUGGGACAAUUUGGAGCCAGAGAAUCAUAGCAGAGCAAAUGCCGUGGAUGAAUUAGAGCUGGGCUUUUCCAUUGAUAUCGGCCAGAAUGAGGACUUGUGCGGUGAGGGUGAUGAAGGGCGCGUUACAACCAGGCCACCCAAGGAAGUCAAGAAACGAAUAUAUCGAAAGGACCCCGGAGACCAGGAGAAGGUUGACCCUGGAUUGGAUGCAUUCAUUAAUGCCCAUUGGCUCUCAAAGGAUGACCCUCGCUAUGGGUGCAGGAGGAAAGUGCUGGACGUUCACUUCGAUCUUAUGUCAGCAACACCUUGCCAGUGCUGUGAUCGCUGUGACUUAUGCAAGCCUAUCUCUUGCUGCGAUCUCCAUGCUCUGGAUCUCACUGCUUCGAUGUUCAACCAAGAACUUACAGAACAGCCAGCCAAAUGGCAACCUCAACAUGCAAAAGCUAACUAUGAGAAGGAUGUUGAGCGUUUGUCCAAGCUGGGCUCAGCACUCCAAAGCUGGAGAAAAGAGGAGUUUUCUCAGCGUUAUUCCGAUCGCCUGGACAACAUGUGGAUCAGCGACUGGGUAGUACUUGGCAACAAUAUCAUCGAUGAUAUCAUCUAUCUUGCUAAUUGCAACAGACUCUUGAACAUGCAAGAUUUUGUACAGCUCGUUGAUUGGGUUGAGCGAGCCUGUUAUGCUUCAAAGUUGUUGCCGAUCAUUCACAGGAUCUUCCCAUUGCCUACGCUGGCAUCUGCUCAACUGCCAGCACCCACUCGAUCAUUGACCACUACAGAAAGUGUCACUACAGUUCACUCUCGCACAAAAAAAUGUAGCAACUGCAACAACUUUGGUCACAAUGCUCGAACAUGCCCUGAACCUUGCAAAGCCUGUCGCCAGCGUGGUCACACGAGUAAGCUGCCAUGCUAA